AUGCUGUGCACCAAGGACAGGCUGUGCGCCACUUCAAAAAGGGUCAUUAGCAUAAAAAACAGCUCGUUACGGAGUGACCUCGGCGCGCACAGGAACGAGCGCAGGUUCAUCAUUAAUGGCUCUGUCCACAGCAGAGAGGCCGCAGUCAAGGCUUCGCUUGAGCUGCCUCUAAACGCGCCCACAAUCAGUGCGGCUCUCCAGCCCAUUCAUCUCCCCACGCGCUCCUGCCUCGCCGCGGUGAACAUGUCCAGCCGUCCCAGAGACCGCCACGCGCACCGAGCCGAUCAAUGCGUUGCGCACCGCCCCGAUCAAUGUGCCGAGCGGGUGGCGGCCACAGCAACUCCCCCUGUUUGUGUUUGUGAGGAGGGCCGUGUGUAA